UUAUCUCCCAAUAUCUCAUUAAUUCCCAUAAUCUCCAUCUCUCCUUAGCGUACACUCUUUAACUCUCUCUCCUCACCACUUUUCACAUAUUUUGCGUCUUUCUCAACUUCUCACUUAAUCAUCCCACUAAAAAUUACUUACUAUAAAUAGUAAGUGGUUAUGCACUAAUUUAUUUAAUAGAAUAUAUGCUGAUGAAGUCUCUCUACUGAAAUUAAUUUUUUUUUCUCCCAUCCAACUAGCUAGCUAAUCCAAACCAUUAUUUCUAAAAGUAGUAAAUGGAGUCCUAUAUGGACGAGUUGCUCGGCGAUGAUGAUCGGGUUAUGCCGUGGGCUAAUACCUUCGACCCCGAACUUGGAUCAAUACCUAUUCUAAGGCCCAGGUCUGGCCCGGGUCUUACUUUUAUUGAUCCUGUUCCAAAUGAGUUGAUGAAGGUGAUUGGUGACACGUGGACAGACCAAUUUGGUGAGGAGCAACCAAGUGGGGACAGUCAAUCACCGGUCUAUGACGUGGAGGAGGACAUGGGAAUAAGGUUGGUCCAUGCUUUGCUGACGUGUGCUGAUUCAGUUCAACGUGGUGAUUUCCGAUUGGCGAAUUCGCUUAUCGGACAGAUGAACAAUGUGUUGUUGACACGUGUCAAUACAGCUUGUGGAAUUGGUAAGGUAGCCGGCUACUUCGUUGAUGCUUUGAGCCGGCGCCUAUACCAGUCGAACUUAAGAAUGGGCCUAACCGGGCCAGGUUCAGUGUCGAAUGAGGUACUCUAUCAUCACUUCUAUGAGGCUUGUCCUUACCUUAAAUUUGCGCACUUUACGGCAAACCAAGCCAUAUUGGAGGCAUUUGAAGGCCAAGCUUAUGUACACGUCAUCGACUUCAGCUUAAUGCACGGCUUGCAAUGGCCAGCUCUCAUCCAAGCCUUGGCCCUAAGGCCCGGAGGUCCACCGUCGUUGAGGCUAACGGCGAUUAGCCCAUCAAUAACAUCAAAUGAACAUGAUUUCUUCCAGGAGACCGGGCUAAGGCUAGCCCAACUAGCCCGGUCCAUUAAUGUAAGGUUCUCAUUUCAAGUCGUUACAACAUCACAACUCGAGGUCAUUAAGCCAUGGAUGUUCCAAACGAGUCCCGAAGAAGUCAUAGCCGUCAAUUCCAUCUUACAACUCCAUCGGCUACUCAACACAAACAUAGACCCGGUUCUCGAGUCAAUCAGAAGCCUAAACCCGAAAAUAUUUACCGUAGUAGAACAAGAUACAAAUCAUAAUCAACCUGAGUUCCUAAUCAGGUUCACCGAAGCGUUACAUUACUAUUCAUCCAUGUUCGACUCAUUAGAGGCUUGUCAGCUCGAAGCCUCUAAGUCGGUAGCAGAGAAGUACAUGCAACGAGAGAUAUGUAACAUAGUGUGUUGCGAAGGCUCGGCUAGGGUUGAACGACACGAGCCACUAGCCAAGUGGCGGUAUCGAUUGAGCCGAGCCGGUUUCAAGCCGUUACAUAUGGGGCAUAACGCAUUUAAACAAGCAACCAUGUUACUAACAUUGUGUUCAGGCCAAGGAUAUAGUGUGCAAGAGAGUGAUGGAUGCUUGAGUCUAGGGUGGCAUAAUCGCCCGUUAAUUGCGGCUUCUGCUUGGCAAAUGAGGAAUGAUAAUGAUGGAUCAACAUCUUCAUCUUCGUCAGUUUGAGUUAAUAUAAUUAAAUCAUCAUUAUGUACGUUUUUCUAUCCAAAAAGAUUAAAUCUAGAUUCAUUUUUUUUACAAUUAGUGUGAGAAAAAUAUCAAGAAUAUUUUAUUGGUGUGCGAAUAAAAAAUAAACAAUUACAUCGGUGAA